GGGCGCGCGUCUAUCCGGUCUAGGUAAUGCGAAGCCGCGUGACGCCACGCCGCGCGCACUGUAAACAGCAGCGGGCGACGUCCGAUUCGAGUUCAACUUCACAGCAAACAAACAAUAACAACAAACAACAACAUUACUGCCGUGUCGGCUAUAACACCGGAUUAUACGACGUAACGACAAGCCCCAGCGCACGCUGUCAAUCGCAUCUUGUUUUUUUUUAAACAAAAAAUCGCAUCGGAUUUUCAGACGCGACCCUCAACUGCACAGCGGGUGGUGGACACGCGCGUCUUGUUGAUCCAACGCGGAUUUUAAUUCGCCACCGUAGUCCCGUUGUCAUUGUUCUCGUGAUAAGCCUAAGAGCGCAGCUGGCGAUGUCCGCCGCUGGAGACCUCGCUCCCCUGGCCCUGGCCGGCUGGCGCCUCGUGCUAUCCGAGGCGCAGGACGCCGCGGUGUUCGUGGACGAGGCGUGCGCCGAGUCGCUGCACUGGACGGGCGGAGCAGGGGGAGACGCGGGGCCCUGGCGAGCCGGGGCCGCGGCCCUCAGGGCCUUCCCAGGACGGCGGGACGGCGUGCAGCAGCAGCAGCACCGUCAGCCGAACAAGGUCGUCUUUGCUCUCAGCUCCCCGGUGCUGCUCGGAGGCCGCGUGGCCGCGUCUUUGCGGGACGUGGUGUCUGCGGGCGGCGUCCACCAAUGCGUGGUGUUCACGUCCGUGAGCCACACCGCUCACCUUGACCUCCUCCAGCAGCAGCAGCAGGGUGGAGGAGGAGGAGGACUGGGUGUCUCGGCGGCUGCAGUAGCAGCAGCGGCGGCGGCGGCGGCAACCUCAAGCUCAGCAGCGGACAGCGAGCCCCGGCCCGUGCUUUUCGAACUCCUCGAGCAGAACCUGCGCCAGUGGAUGAGCGGCAGCGGUGGCGCCGACUGCACCGCGCGCGUCCUCCACGCGGCCGGCAUCGCGCUCUGCCCGCUGGCGAGCGGCGUCGUCCUCGCUCCGGCCUCCGCAUCGCUCUUCCCGCUCGUGCCGAGCGACCUGGAUGGCGCUCUGGCUGGUGGCAGGGGCAGCAGGCGAGGCGCCAAGCAGCAGCAGCCGCAGCCGCAGCAGAAGCAGAAGUCGCAGCAGCAGCACAGUCUGAACGACGUGGACGUGUCGGCGUUGCCCGCGCCCUACGCCUCGUCCCUGCGCCUCCUCGCCUGGUGGCUGGACUCGGCGCUGAGGCAUCUCGGCGUGCGGGAGGAGUGUUUCGCCGUGGGCCCCACGAGUCGCCUGCUGGCCAACGAGUUGGCCUCGCUGCCUCCCGCGCGCGCUCGGAGGAAGGGCGCGCCUGGCCGAGCCUCUUUGGUCCUCGUGGACAGGACGCUGGACCUGGCGGGAGCCGUGGGCCACCACGGCGACAGCUUGGCAGAAAGGAUUCUGGGAGUGCUGCCGCGCCUGCCGGGAAUGCCGAGCGACGUGGCGGUCAGCAUGGCCGCGUUGACGUCGCUGCGUCGGGGCGGAGGCGUUCCUCCCAGGGAGGUGAUCGCGCCAGGCUGCCUGGCGCAGCCCAGUGACGGUGGCACGAAGGCCCUGUGGGAGGCCAUGCUCUACAGCAAGCAGAAGGAGGCCGUCAUGGAGGUGCGACGGCAGGUCGUGGAGCGGGCAGGCCAGGCCGGCCUCGUGCUCAAAAUGGCCAUGGGCAAGGUGACGGGCGAGCAGCUGGAGUCGUACGCGCGCGCGUUCCCCCGCGGCGACACGGGGGGCCACGCGGCGCUGCUGCAGCUCGUGCUGGCCACGGCGCAGACCCUGGAGCACCCGGCGGGCGCUCGCAGGGAUGCGCUGCUCGCCUCCGAGAGGCUGCUGCUGCAGAUCCUGAAAGAGGGCGACUUCCCGCGCGUCCUGGGCCAGCUUCGCGCCCGGAUAAAGCCUCGCGACGAGCGCAGGGAGGGCGACUUGCAGCCUGCCGACAUCCUGCAGCUGCUCAUCUUCGUCUACUCCCUCAUUGGCUCGUCGGCCCCCGGUGGGCGGGACCAGGAGCGGGAGGAGGCGGAGCUCAAGGAGGCGCUGUGCCAGGUGCUCGCCGAGCAGGGCUGCCUGGCGGACACCUGGCGGGAUGUCGCAGGAGCAGGGGAGGGUGGCGGCGGCGCCGCCGCGCCGAGCCAAGCGGAGCGCGAGCGGCUGGCGGCCUCCGUGUUGGAGUCGCUGCGCGGAGUGGCGCGCUCGCGUCACGCUCUCAAGCGCUUCUCCAACAUCUACGACCCCGGGGAGGGGGCACACCAGCCAGCGGUGUACCGGCCUCUGCUGAAGCAGAUCCUGGAUGAGAUCUUCACGGCUGAGCAGCCCGACAGCUCCGACAUUGAGCACAUGGCCAGUGGACUGACGGACCUACUCAAGACCGGCAUCAGCAUGUUCAUGAAGGUGAGCCGUCCCAGGCCGGCCGACCACCCGCUCGUCGUCGUCUUCGUCGUGGGGGGAGUGACGCCAGCCGAGAUCAAGCUCGUCCGCGACUCUGUGACGGCGAUGAAGGUCACACAGCAGGUGCUGCUGAUGUCCACGCGGCUGUUGCAGCCCAGCGAUGUUCCCGUGCUCUUAUUUUCAAAGGACCGACUCAGUCCGACCGUUUAAUGCGUCAUGGGACGUGGUGCCUCCUCUUCCGUUCCGUCAUUUUGCUGCCGUAACCUUUUGAGUCCCGACCAUUGGCUUUAAUCCUUUCAAGCGACAUGUCCUGCCAUAGUCCACUUUUAUCAGCCCCUUUUUCUUCCGGUUCCGUUCUGAUGACGCACGCUAAAAUAACCUUAUCGGUACCGACGCUCCCGCAAGGCCACGCGGGAGGGCGUGGCACGGAUUUGGCGCCAGCGAUCAGUGUGGUCGUGUCGCUACACUUCUCUAUUGUGAGCGCAAUGUCUUUAAAAACAGCGGCGCUGCUACGCCUCUCUAAAUAAUACAACUCUGAACCAUUUGCGCGUUCCGAGAUUCAGCGGUGAACGGGACACCCACCCUGCGACUUGCAGACGAUACUGUGAUUGCGAUGGCUUAGGGAGCCCUUAGUCCAGCAGCAGACUGAUCUUGGCUGAUGAUCAUUCCCGCAUACAUUGGACAGACGGCUUUGCGAGUUGAUAUACCAAAGCGCGAUCGAGCCUUCUCAUCUUGACGUCAUAAUUUUGCACCAAUUAAUGGACUGCAUUUGUAUAGAAUAUGCAGGAUACUGGGUAAUCUUAUACAACUGCAUGUGGUCUUAUACAAGACCACAUGCAGUUGAAAGUGCCUCCGUGCCCAAACCAGCCAUUGGUUAUUGAGAAAUCGCAUUUCUACGAUAGAUCAACCUAUAGAAUAAUAGAUCUAUCAAAUCGAUUGUAGGACUUGGAGCUCACAUGGUAUGCAGCCACAGCGCCAGGUACACAUUGAGGUGCAGUCGAUGAUACGAGACAUCCAAAUGGAUCAAGAUUCUUAAUUCAAAGUUACUUUAUAAAGGGAAGGAAAAGUCGACUGAUGUGCAAUGAGUUUUACCAACUCUGCCCAAACACUGCACUAUUUCCAAAUGGGGAAAUAGAUGUUAAGUUCAAAAGGUGGAAAAGUAGUUGAGUGCAUUGGACGAACACUAAACAAUUCACUUGUAACGAGUGCAAGUUUGUGGGCGGUAUCACCUGAGGUGGCCACAAGUGAGUCCAUAUUCAUCAGUUGAAGCAAUUGGCGGGACCCCGGGGUCCCAUCACUGCCCCGGGGUGGGAAAAACCGCGUAGCGACACGAGUCUUGCCUUACCGACAACACAACUAGCGGUCAAUCGAUUGGCCUCGUCGAGAGCUACUCGGGGCACUAAGUUUGGUAAAAAGUUGAAAAAUUACAUAAACACGUUAAAUUCACUGCGGGCUCGCCUUGGCAAAGAAGCUGAGGAUCGACGACUGACCGGAGGGCCUCGUCGUUGCCGCGCGCGACUGCGGCGGACGCCCCCCCGGGGGCUCGCGUUUGGCCGGUGGGGGUGGCACCCAUCGUGUCGAUCGCCGCCUACUGCUGGCGCGAGUCUGGGUGAGCGGCGCGUUGCUGUCAGGAUCCACGAGUGGGGCGGACUGAAAAAUAAUAAUUAUUGACCUGAUUUUUGCGGGACCCCUGGGUCUGGCAAAAUGAUUCAGUUGUCAAUAACCGUGAAAUAUGAUCAACCAUUUGUAAUGAUUAUCAAUAAACUUAAACAAAUAAACUGGUACUAGUUUUUUUUCUCUCUUCACUCGAGGUGGUUCCUGCUUCUGCUCUGGCUCGUGGGGGAGGGCGCGAUAUGUUCAUGAAUGGGUCACUGGACAUGCUCAGUGUGCAAUUACAAAAACGUAAUUCUAGCCGCGCAAAGCUUUAAUCUUUGCAUCACAAGUGCAGAGUUGGUGUAAUGGGCAGAGUUGUGCAGCGACUGUAGUUGCAACUCGUUGAAAAUCUGGGCACUUUAAUGGAUAACAAAGUUGAACAUGCAACUGGGUUGUGUGCAGGGAAAGACUUGCACAACUUUUUCUGAAAAACGGGAGGGAAAAAAAACCCCAUGGGUAAGAUGGUGCACAGUGAAUGUGAACGCGAAGCUUUGCCGUGUGACCUUGUAAACUGCAACAUUGUCAAUGGAAAUAAAUUCUGGUUUACAAUUUAA